AUGACGACCUGCAGAGACACUGGAGGUCGAAGUGGAUACGUGCACGAUCGAGAGUUCCUCAUUCUGUGGAGUAAUGAUAGGCAGAAAAUACUCAUCGACUUCUUCAAGGAGAACGAGUUUCUGUACAAUCCGAUUCAUCCAGACUACAAGAAGAGGAGGCUUCGAGACAAGAAGAUCCUCGAAUUGUGCAGUACGCUCGGGUGUUCGAUGCUAGAAUGCAAGAACAAGUUCCACAACUUGCGAACCUACUUCUUCCGUGAGUACAACAAGGUGCUCAAACACAACGGGACGAUCAAUGGGAACGGGGAGGAAGCGUACACUUCCAAGUGGGACUUCUACGAAGACAUGAAGUUCCUGAACGUAUGUUACCUCCCGCGAUCCAUGGAGAUGGCGGCUGGAAUCGAGAACAGCCACGAACCCGCGGCAGACACGUCUGGCACGGAGAACAACUGGGAAGUCGGCAAUAUUCUGGAGCCAUACUGCCUUAUUGACGAGUCCGCUGAAGUUCUGGAGGCCGAGCAAGAUAGCUCGAGUGUCUCGGAGCACCGCGCUCCGACGCCUCCUCACAAGCGGAGAAAACAGCAGGAGGAGCAGUCGACGACGUCGGCGACGCCUACCCGGAACGGUCCGCGGCUCGAUGAGGAGCACUACUUCGGAAUGUACGUCGCGGCCGCGCUCCGCACCUUCGAUGCCUUGGCCCGUGACACGGCCAAGGUGAAGAUCAUGGACUUAAUCAUGCAUUUAAGGCACAAUGUCGACCCUAACCAUAGAAAGUGAUUGAAGGUUAAUAGUCCGGCAUGUAAAUCAUAGGAAGUCUCACCUUGAUGUUGUACACACAUCAUGCUCGUAUACAAAGUAACCGUGGCAAUAAUCAAUGUGGGUGAGUGUUUUACGCCCCGUCGUUCAAGUUCUCACGUCAUCAUGAGUUUCUUCUGCCGGCAUUUAGUUUUUUGGCCACGCUGAAGCAUGUGCGACCUUGUUUUGUUUGUAGCGGUGUACUACAAGCCGAAGCAAAGCGAAAAGUCGAAGCAAGUUUGUCACUUGAUUGAGCCCGGUGAGUGAAAUGCAGUCAUGGUCACAUGUUUAAGCGCAUCCACAUCGAUUUGUACUCAGUACCUAUGAAAAUCUGUGCAGCCAAGCUCAAGGUCACGGUUUUGAUCUCCAGCCGUUUUACAAUCGUGACUGAAAUGUAAAAGUGAUCGUGUGUUGUUCUCAUGAAUCUCAGGAAUGUCCUCCAGCUAAAUAUUUUUGAAUCUGUUUUGUUCAGAACAGUUAUGGCAUGAAAUGGGCAGUUCUUUAAUCACCACUAGCAUGCUUAAAUAUACUCGGGAAAUAUGGGAAAGGGGCAAUACGGGGCCCGAAAGUUACUUUUCCAUGGAUCAUGGCUUUCAUCAUUUUCUGCUUUAAUUAAAUUGACCACUGUUCAUGGUCCAAAAGAGCGUUGCACCGGCAGUUGCCAGCACUUAUCUAGCAGCCAUAGCAUUGACACGAUACUGCCCUCUGAGAUCAUAUGCUGGCAACAAUCUCGGAGCCUAGCAAAGCUCAUGGCAUCAGCCAAACACACAAGUUCUGCGCAGCAAGUCUACCUACCACACCAGUAUGGUUAUGUACUAGAAAAAGAGAAUCAAUGCAUUGACAGCUUUGGAGAUUGUUGUUGCUAUCUAUGCAUGUUCUUCCUUGAUCUGUGGCGUAGGAAUCGAUGAAGGUUUUCGUAACAAACUCAGCGCAUUUACAGGUGCGCAAGCUUCAUGUAAAAAUGCGUAUAUGAAUCGAGCAUACUUGUAAUUGUGGAUUCAUAGCAUCACAUGAUGCACUAACAUGAAACCGCAUGCAAACUCAAAAUUUCCUCCGGAUUUCGCAUAGCAAUACUGUGUCUUGUCAAUUCACAUGACGCUUUAACAGAUGGCAACAGUGUGAAAGUAUGGAUGGUUGAACUAGCAAAGCAUCCACUUAUAAAAUGUUUUGCCAUGUAUCGACUGUUGUUCUGGGUUGCAUUUACGAAGGUAUGGGCAUUGUAUGUAGUUAUUUAUGAGAAUUAGUCUUGCAUUGUUAUAUAUUUAUUUUUAUUUUCUAACUUGGGGUGUUGGUUUUAUCGUGGGGUGGGUACUGCGCGGGAAAAUGUGCGGAAAUAUUUCUCCAAAAUGUCUUUCUCAGACGUUAAGCUUAUUUCAGUGUGAUAUUCUCUCCUCCUUUAUUUUCCUUAAAAUUCUGCGUGAUGUGUACACAACUCGUGGUCAUCUUGCAGGUGAUUGCAAGAGCUUCUGUUCGGUGAAGUCUGAACCAAAUAUGGCAGCGGUGUAAAUGCUUUAUCACUUGUAAAGCUGGCUUGAAGUAGACUGAAUGGUGACGUAGCUUAUGGUAUGGUACGCUGUGAAUGUUAAGGUUUUCACACUUUUUGUGAUAGCACAUUUCUAAACAUUUGUUCUAGUGAGAGCUGUGGUUUUUGUGGUUGUGAUGUAAAGUAUUGCGUUUCAAGUAGUAGUUAUGUGCAGCGAUUCCUCGCUCCACGUUGCCGCUCACAGUGACGUAAUACACCAUUACUACUGUAUUCGUCUUCAUUAAUGCAUCACGACUGCUACUGUAAAUGUGUGCAUCGUUAAACAAAAGUGGGGCUGGGGAUCAUACCACGACUAUAAGUAGUCUUCCUAUCUGGCUUUGCAUAGCCCUACCAUUCCCCCCUUUUAUUUUUCACGUUCAGUCCUUCCCCCCCCCACUUUAUUAAAAGGUCAUUGUAAUUGAUAAUCGCCAAUAUUUUUUAUAGCAAACUUCCCCGGUUACGUGAACACACUAGCCACACACUUUGAAAACUCCCACGCUCUUUAAACUACACUUCUGUUGGGUGCAAUAAUUAUUCCCCAAAUUUUCAUUUCUCAAUACUGUACAUUGCGUGGUACAUACCCAUCAGGAAUGCAAUUCACAUUUAGAUAUUCUGAGAAAUUAACGAUGGAAAUGCUUUAUGGACAAGUGGUAGUUUUUGUAUGAUAGCAAUAUUCCCUAAAUAGUUUAAUGAAUUCAUGAAUUUUUUCAUAAAGGUGCACUGUUAUAGAAUAUGCAGUCCUAUUAUACGACACUGCAUAUGACACUGCAUAGGUGUUUAUGAUGACCUUGUACGUGUUAUACACUGUAAAGGUGUACAACUAAGCAUGUAUAAUUGAGUGAAAUAGAAAUAGCAUUUCAAAUGUGCACUCUUGUAAAAGAACUGAGGUUAGUCUAAUAAUGGAACAAUUUACUGAUAAAUCUUUUUUACCAUUUGCGACUUUUGGCAAUGCAGCAACAUUUCAAAUGUUGUAAUCAAUUUUGGUCCGUGUGAUCACGUAACCCUGCGCUCUUUACUGUAAGGAUGAUUUCUCUAGCCACUGCCAAUUGGACGUCAUAAGUCUUAAGAGACUAUAGCAGUGGUUGUUGAAUAGCGAGUCAAUUUACGCCAGCAAAAAUAGAAUACAGUUUUACAGUGGCAGUUGAGGGUGCCAGCCAGCAGCUUAGCUUUGACUGGUGAAGUAUAAAAGUCUACAAUAUGUCCAGAGUUUGUGCAUUUUAGAGGAAGGAGAAAAAACUUCUACAUGUUCCGCAGGUAGUGGCGGUGAGGAACUGACGUAACGUUUUCCUGUUUGUCGUCGUAGUCAGGUUCGAACGUCUGUUCGGAACACUGGACGUGUACGCUGCUCAGGUCCAUGGUGUUGUUAGUUUUCUAGUGUCUCACUGUUCUUGCAAGCACUCCCUGGGGUCGCAUUUUUCUAUCAUUAAUUUUCUACAACAUAUUCACCAACAUAAGGUGCAAUGCGUAAUGUCAAAUAGUCACAAAGCUUCUUCGCUGUUGCAAAGUUACGGUUACCAGUGUAUCCAGUGGUUACCUUGAUGUUGUGGCCAGUCAGUCCAGUGUCACUGAAUGUUGACGUGGGUCGGAAAUAGCGUUGGUGUCAUUUUUUUUGACUAAUUGAUUGAUUGAUUUGUGGGGUUUAACGUCCCAAAACCACCAUAUGAUUACGAGAGACGCCGUAGUGGAGGGCUCCGGAAAUUUCGACCACCUGGGGUUCUUUAACGUGCACCCAAUCUGAGCACACGGGCCCACAACAUUUCCGCCUCCAUCGGAAAUGCAGCCGCCGCAGCCAGGAUUUGAGCCCGCGACCUGCGGGUCAGCAGCCGAGUACCUUAGCCACUAGACCACUGUGGCGGGGACUUUUCUUGACUAAUGUGAGUAAAUUUUUACGGAAAGGUUCUCAAAAAUGCAUUGGAACUGGUCGAAGGACAAGAGGAUUCAGAACAAAUGAACGUUGCCGAGAGCCUUUACAAGGCAAGCACAGGCAAGAAUAAUGCCUCGUUUUUAAUGUGCCAUAAAUAUGUCCUCCCAAUCGUAGCUCAGCUUAUGAUCAUUCUCAUUUCUUUCGAGUCAACUAAUAGUAGAACAAUACUUAAAACAAGUAGGACUUAUUUUGGCAUUAUUGUUACCAACUGCUUCAAUGAGUGUAGCCUUGCAUUUGAGAUUAAAUGCUCACUUCCACGAAAUCGUGGGUCAUGCAGAAA